AUGAACGAUUCAAAUGUUUCAUGGCAAACAUAUGUUUCAUUUGUUAAUGAUAUUGUCUAUGAGAAUAUUUUAUCAACGAUUGGCAUUUCACUGGGAUACAUCGUCGAACAAAUGUAUCCUUCAAAUAAUUUGGCCCCUCUGUUUGAAUCCCAAUUGGAAUUGCUAGACCCUUCAUUGGUUUUUGUACCCUCGUUAGACCCAAAUGAUAAAGAUGGGUUUAACAAUUUACUGAUUUUACUUAUCGAUGACAUAAUGAAAAUGUCUUCAAUUUUUAAGUGUCUCAAAUCAAACGAGAAAAGCUAUAUGACAGCAAUACUAAAAAACAGCGAUAUUAUUGAUAUGAAAUAUGAAAUAUUGGAAAGUGUUGAAAAAGUUGUUGAAGAGGCAACUGAAUUUUGCAAUGGGUUCGAAAGAUAUUCCUAUUUGUGGCUGGAUGAUCGUGACAAAUGUAUGGAAAUGUUCUUGGAGUAUGGUCGUUUUCUUGAAAGCGAUGAGCUUGACUUUAUUGUUAUGAGAGAUUCAAAUGCACCGCAACCAUGUCAACCAUCCAUCGAGGCGUUUCGUGAACAAAUCGAAAACUACGAAUCGCUUUAUGCUGAAAUUGAGAAAAUUCACCCAUUUCAAGUUUUCAAUACAUGGUUUCAGGUUGAUGUGCGUCCAUUUCGUCAGUCUUUAUUGAAUAUUGUUCGUAAAUGGGGUAACAUGUUCAAAAAUCAUUUGGUGAAUCGUGUGACUAGCAGUUUAAUUGAUUUAGCCAAUUUUAUAAGACAAG